UAUUAUUCACGCGGAAAGAAUCGCGUCAUCGGUGAGAGAAAGCGCAGAUGAAGAACUUGACCAUCGCCGUUAAAAAAUUAGCGAAGGCCUAACCAGUCAGAAAAUUCGAUACAAGAAAAAGGAAAACAAAAUUCAGGGGAAGUUCUUCGAACUUGAAAAUCCAGAACUUCAACCCGACCUAUUCAAGCAGGCGAUCGACGAACGUGGAGUGAGAGAAAAAUGGGGGGUGAAUCUUUUGGAAUCCUCACUCAUUUUUGAACAACAAACAUCCUUUCAUCUUCUUCCUCAUUUUUCGCAAUUCAAAAAGAAAUUGAAAAUUUCCCCAAACAAUUCCGCCAUUGUUGAAUUUUUUUGAAGCAGAAGAGAUUUUUGAAAAUUAGGGUUGUAAAUUUGAAGGAUAAAAGCGAGGGCGGGAGAUGGCGGGGUGGGAUAGGCUUCAAUCAUCGUCGAGAUCGGGUUUGGAUCGCUCAUCUUCGACUCGUUCGGUCCGACUUGGUCGUGUUCAGCCUCAGGCACCUUCUCACCGCACCAUCUAUUGCAAUGACCGUGAUACCAAUGCCCUCACCAAAUUCAAGGGGAACUCUGUUUCAACUACAAAGUACAAUGUUCUUACGUUUUUGCCUAAAGGGUUAUUUGAACAGUUUAGACGGGUGGCCAAUUUGUACUUCCUUACAAUCUCCAUUUUAUCGUGGACACCAAUGAGUCCCGUGAGUCCAAUAACAAAUGUGGCCCCUUUAAGUAUGGUGCUUUUCAUUUCCCUUGUGAAAGAGGCUUUUGAGGAUUGGAAGCGAUUUCAGAAUGAUUUGUCCGUAAACAAUACCCUUGUAGAUGUACUACAAGGACAGAGGUGGGAUAGAAUCCCUUGGAAAAAGUUGCAGGUUGGCGAUAUUGUCCGUGUCAAGCAAGAUGGGUAUUUCCCGGCAGAUAUUCUUUUUCUUGCAAGCACAAAUGCAGAUGGCGUGUGUUAUGUUGAGACGUCAAAUUUGGAUGGUGAAACAAAUUUGAAGAUUCGUAAAGCAUUGGAGAAGACAUGGGAUUACUUGACACCCGAGAAGGCCUCUGAAUUCAAAGGUGAAGUACAGUGCGAACAACCUAAUAAUUCCUUGUAUACAUUCACUGGCAACCUCAUUAUUCAAAAGCAGACUUUACCUUUGUCCCCGAACCAGCUUCUGCUGAGAGGUUGCAGUCUGAGAAAUACGGAGUACAUUGUUGGUGCUGUGGUAUACUCUGGGCAUGAGACUAAGGUUAUGAUGAAUACCAUGAAUGUUCCUUCAAAACGAAGUACAUUGGAAAGGAAGCUUGACAAAUUGAUUCUUGCUCUUUUUGCUACUUUGUUUAUGAUGUGCCUCAUUGGUUCAAUAGGCAGUGGUAUUUUUAUAGACCUCAAGUACUAUUACUUGGGACUUCGAGGAAAUUUGUCCGGAGCCGAUGAACUUCAAUUUGAUCCAAGCAACAGAUUCUUGGUGAUCAUCUUGACUAUGUUUACAUUGAUCACUUUAUUUUCAACCAUCAUCCCUAUAUCACUUUAUGUUUCAAUUGAGGGGAUUAAAUUUUUACAGUCCAUUCAGUUCAUCAAUAAUGAUUUAAAUAUGUAUCAUGCUGAAACAAACACACCUGCAUUGGCUAGGACAUCUAAUUUAAAUGAAGAACUUGGACAGGUAGAAUACAUAUUUACUGAUAAAACUGGGACUCUUACACAAAACUUGAUGGAGUUUUUCAAAUGUUCAAUUGGAGCUCAAGUCUAUGGAACUGGUAUCACUGAAAUAGAGAGGGGAUUGGCUGAGCGCAUAGGCGCUAAACUUCCCGAGGUACAGAAGUCAGCUAAUGCAAUUCAAGAAAAGGGGUUUAAUUUUGAUGAUGUUAGGCUUAUGCGUGGUGCAUGGAGAAAUGAGCCUAAUCCUGAUAUUUGCAAGGAGUUCUUCAGGUGCCUUGCAAUAUGUCAUACCGUGCUUCCUGAAGGUGAUGAAUCUCCUGAAAAAGUUGUGUACCAAGCGGCUUCUCCCGAUGAGGCAGCUUUAGUUGUCGCUGCUAAGAAUUUUGGCUUCUUCUUCUACAGGCGUACACCGACAACCAUUUAUGUGCGCGAGUCACAUGUUGAAAAGAUGGGUAAAAUUGAUGACGUGCCUUAUGAAAUUUUAAACGUUCUCGAGUUUAAUAGUACACGGAAGCGCCAGUCUGUUGUGUGUCGAUGUCCUGAUGGUAGGCUUAUUUUGUACUGCAAGGGUGCUGAUACUGUCAUCUAUGAAAGAUUGGGAGAAGGGAAUGAGGAUAUAAAGAAAGCUACUAGAGAGCACUUGGAACAGUUUGGAUCAUCUGGGUUACGCACACUGUGCCUGGCCUAUAGAAAUUUGAGCGCAGAUGUCUAUGAGACCUGGAAUGAAAAAUUUAUUCAGGCCAAAUCUUCUUUACGAGACCGGGAAAAGAAGCUGGACGAGGUGGCCGAACUUAUAGAAAAGGAUCUUACUUUGAUUGGCUCAACAGCUAUUGAAGAUAAGCUUCAAGAAGGAGUACCUGCUUGUAUAGAGACGUUAGCAAGGGCUGGAAUAAAAAUAUGGGUGCUCACUGGAGAUAAAAUGGAAACAGCCAUAAAUAUUGCGUAUGCGUGCAACUUGAUAAACAAUGACAUGAAACAAUUCAUUAUCAGUUCUGAAACAGAUGAAAUUAGAGAAGUUGAAGAUAGAGGUGACCCAGUGGAAACUGCUAGAUUCAUUAGAGAUGCCGUCAAAACACAGCUGAAGAAUUGCGUUGAAGAAGCCCAGCAAAUUCUCCGUACAAUAGUUGGACCAAAACUAGCACUUAUAAUUGACGGGAAAUGUCUGAUGUAUGCUUUAGAUCCAAGUUUGCGAGGAACACUUCUGAAUCUGAGCCUAAAUUGUUCUUCAGUGGUCUGUUGUCGAGUUUCUCCUCUACAAAAAGCACAGGUAACAAGCUUGGUGAAGAAAGGUGCAAAAAAGAUUACAUUGAGUAUUGGUGAUGGAGCCAAUGAUGUUAGCAUGAUUCAGGCGGCUCAUGUUGGUGUUGGGAUUAGUGGGCUGGAAGGCAUGCAAGCAGUCAUGGCUAGUGAUUUUGCAAUUGCACAGUUUCGCUUUCUCACAGACUUGCUGCUUGUGCAUGGAAGGUGGUCAUAUAUAAGAAUAAGCAAGGUUGUAACAUAUUUCUUUUACAAGAAUCUGACUUUUACGCUGACUCAAUUUUGGUUCACCCUUCAAGCUGGGUUCUCUGGUCAGAGAUACUAUGAUGAUUGGUUUCAAGCAUUUUACAAUGUAUUUUUUACCUCCCUGCCUGUGAUUAUGCUUGGACUAUUUGACAAGGAUGUUAGUGCAUCACUUUCAAAGAAAUACCCUCAGCUGUACAUGGAAGGAUUGAGAAAUGUCUUUUUCCAAUGGAAAGUUGUUGGUAUUUGGACCUUCUUCUCAGUGUACCAGUCACUCAUCUUCUUUUAUUUUGUUACCACAUCUGGUUCUAAGCCUCAAACUUCAGCUGGCAAGAUGUUUGGCUUGUGGGACAUUAGCACAAUGGCAUUCACUUGUGUCGUCGUCACCGUCAAUAUACGUCUUCUCUUGUGCUGUAAUAGCAUCACGAGGUGGCAUCAUAUAAGUGUUUGGGGUAGUAUUGUAGCAUGGUUCCUUUUCAUCUUUGGUUACUCUGGUAUCAUGACUAACGGUGAUAGGCAGGAAAAUAUUUACUAUGUCAUAUUUGUCUUAAUGAGUACUCCUUAUUUUUAUCUUGCACUACUUCUUGUUCCUGUUGUUGCUCUUGUCGGGGACUUCCUUUACCAAGGGGUACAAAGAUGGUUUUUUCCCUAUGAUUAUCAAGUUAUACAAGAGAUUCAUCGGCAUGAACCAGAUGAUAACCGUAGGGCACAAUUUUUAGAGGUCCGGGAACAUCUGACUGCAGAAGAGGCAAGGAGCUAUGCUUUGGCUCAACUACCUGGGCAGAGAUCAAAACAUACAGGUUUUGCCUUUGAUUCUCCAGGUUAUGAAUCAUUCUUUGCUGCUCAAGCUGGUGUGUUUGCUCCUCAAAAGCCUUGGGAUGUAGCCCGAAGAGCAACCAUGAUGAAAUCACGCGCAAAGACACCAAAGACACCAAAGACAUAGAAGUUCUUCUCUAGUUUUUUUUUUUGUACAAAGAAUUCCCCCAUUCCCCUUUCCGGCACCACUAGGUGAUUGUGUAGAAUUGUUUUGUGCCAUAUCUUUUAGUCUUUUUUUUUUGUCCUUUGGUUACUCUCAUGAAACUACGGAUCGCAUUUUUGAUGUAGACUACAUUCAGAAUUAGGUGUAUAACAGUUGGGUAUUCUGAGAUUGUAAAAUUGAUGUAAAAUUAUAUGGAUAAUAUACAUUCUUCUUUAGAA